CCAAACAGGGACGGUGAUUUGGUCAGUUCGGGCUUCUGUGUCUGCGCGCAGGGGUGCACGACGGGCACAGAAAGGUGUGGACGCAGAUGCCGCAGGAGUCCCUUCUUCCCCUCCUCAGGCUCAGAGAGUGGUGGCAUGCACCUCUUCCUCCGCCGUUGGUAACACUAUAACACUACACACACACCUCCAUUAAUUCAUUUUCGAAUCAGGAAUCAUUCUUGUCAGUUUCCAGCUCCGGAGAUCUCUCUUUCUCUCUCUCUCUCUCUGUAUCUCGUUUGCUUGUAAGACAAAAUCGUAGUAUCAUUGCCGGAAUCUCCUCCAGCAUCGGACUCCGAUAUCGAAACAGUGUCCUGAAGAUGGAAUUUGGCUUCUGAGGAGAAGCACAACUCAUCUCCGGACUCUGCUAUUGGAGCUUUUGUGCUCGUAACUCAUUAGGCUGGCAUAAUGCUUUGUGUCCUUGUAAUCGCACUUGUGAAUGUGAUUGCAUGAAGUGAAAGAUGGGUUUAAGGGAUAACCAUAUGGCAGAGAGCAUACUUGGUUAUCCUGGCAUUUCAGGGCAUGAGAGGUGCGAAAGCUACUUGCUUGUUCAUGCUGAAACUUCCCUUGGGAAUGGUUUGCGAGCUUCCUUGUAUCUUCUUGGUCUUGCCUAUUGUUUCUUUGGGUUGUCAGCUAUUACUGCCCGUUUCUUCCGGUCAAUGGAGAAUGUUGUAAAACAAACUCGGGAGGUAGUGGAGGUAGAUCCUUGCAAAAAUACUGUAUUGGUUAGACAUGAAAAGGUAUGGAACUAUGCAAUAGCAGACAUCACUCUUCUGGCUUUUGGGACAAGUUUCCCCCAAAUUUCUUUGGCCACUAUAGAUGCUUUUCAGAACCUUGGUCAGCUUUAUGCAGGAGGUUUGGGUCCUGGAACACUUGUUGGUUCUGCUGCAUUCGACCUAUUUCCUAUCCACGCUGUUUGUGUAGUAGUUCCUAAGGCAGGAAAAUUAAAAAAGAUAUCAGAUAUUGGUGUCUGGCUCGUAGAACUCUUUUGGUCAUUUUGGGCUUAUAUUUGGCUUUACAUAAUAUUAGAGGUUUGGACCCCAAAUGUGGUUACCCUGUGGGAGGCCUUGUUGACGGUGCUGCAAUUUGGAUUACUGCUCAUCCAUGCCUAUGCUCAAGACAAACGCUGGCCCUACUUAUCUUUGCCACUGACAAGAACAGAGAAACCUGAUGAGUGGGUGCCAGUAGAAGCUUCCCCUCGUGAAGAUAAAAAUAUUGAUUAUGACGAUUCUGAGAUACUUCAAGCUGGUGAGGAGGAAGACAGUAACAUAGCUGAUAUCUUCUCCAUUCAUUUGGAAAGGGGUAAAGAUCCACUGUAUCAAAACGUGCCAAAUUAUGAUCCUAUUGAAUCAUGUGAUGGAAACUUUCUCAAGAAGUCCAUUCAAGAAGAUUCUAAUGUGGUCUCAGUUUGGAAACAACAAUUCCUGGAGGCAUUAGUGUUAGAGAAAGCUGGAUCGCGAAAACUGGACAAUUUGUAUUUACGGCUUGCAAGAAUUUCCUGGCAACUAAUCCUUGCACCAUGGAGAGUUCUGUUUGUUUUUGUGCCUCCUUGUCAAAUUGCCCAUGGAUGGAUCGCCUUCAUAUGCUCUCUGAUUUUCAUUAGUGGAAUAGCUUAUAUUGUCACAAAGCUCACGGAUCUAAUAAGCUGUGUCACAGGAAUAAAUGCUUAUGUCAUUGCAUUUACAGCACUGGCAAGUGGGACCUCAUGGCCAGAUUUAGUUGCAAGCAAGAUUGCUGCUGAACGUCAAACAACAGCGGACUCUGCCAUUGCAAAUAUAACUUGCAGCAACUCUGUCAAUAUUUAUGUGGGCAUUGGUUUUCCAUGGCUGGUUAACACAGCAUACAACUUCAUUGCGUAUAGGGAACCACUACGGAUCCAGAACGCCAAAGGCCUCAGCUUCUCUUUGCUGGUUUUCUUCAUGACUUCCAUAGCAUGUAUUGCUGUCCUGGUGUUUAGGCGCAUGAAACUGGGUGCUGAGUUGGGAGGACCAAGGAUAUGGGCUUGGGCAACCUCUAUUUUCUUCAUGUUCCUGUGGGUUGUUUUUGUUGUUCUUUCUUCCCUAAAGGUUUCUGGCAUCAUUUGAGUGCACCCUCUAUAUCCCCAUGUCCAAGUUGUUAUACAGCCAAUGUAAAGAACAAUAAAAGCAAGAAUUAUAGGCACAACUGUUAUUUUUUUUAAUUUUAUUUUUUUGGGGGGUGAGGGAUUGUCCGAAGGCUUGUAUCACCAUUAUAUUGAACUCAUCUACUCGAUGGACACUCUCUGCCACAAGGUAAUUUAAUUGAGCUCAGAUUUUUUGAACGUGAUCA